AUGCCAGUAGUGUUCUUGGUUGAACACUAUACUAUCAACUAUGGUGCUGGAAAAAGAGGCUGGUCUUAUCAGAGUACAAGGUCUAAAAUAAAGAAAACUGAAUUUGAAAUUGAGUUCAGUCCUAGCAUCCUCUAUCCCUUACUUAUCGCCAGCGAAUUGGCCUCGGUCAAUGGAUUCUACAAUGUUAAUUGGACCAUUUUUGACGAAACCACAGGCAUUGGAAUUGACUUUUGGUGUGCCUUCCGUCCGAAUGAUCAAGACUUGAAUAAUGCCAAUGAUAUUCAGAUGAAUAUGCGAAUGAACGACGAAGACAACGAAGCUAUACCAAAAGGAAUGAGACAGAAAGAGACUGAUAACGAUAAACGUGAAGUUGAGCAACUCAACUCUAUAAACAAAGCACUCUUUCCAGGUCUCGUCGCAUCACGCCCAACCUCAACAGUAGUUGCCAUCAAUAAUACAAAGGCAGCAGCGAUAUCAAAUAGUAACAAACGACAGGGAUAUCAGCAAUUAGAAGAGCAACCCAAAAAGGAAAAGGCUAAAAACUCAACUAUAUCUCCUCAAGAUACAAAUGCGAGUGACGAACCUAUAUACAACCGCAAGUUGAGAACAGAACGGUGA